UGGGGGUGAGUAAAUUAUCAGGAAAUUUUAAUUUGAAAGUGAACUAAUCCUUUAAUAUAAAAAUAAUCAAAUGGGAAAAAAAAAAUAAUAAUAAAUGGGAGAAAGUUAGACCACAAUAGUAUAACUUCUCAUUCAUCUCCAUUACAGUCUUAAACUUUGCAGUUGUCAUGACAGUAUUUAACUAUUUUUUAAUUAAAAUUUAUGUAUUCAUAAUUUUAUAUUUAACCUAAACGCCAUAAACACAUUUUCUGCGUAAGUAUGCCUUCUCUGUGCAGCAUUACACAUAGCUCUGCCACUACAGAUGCUCCUUCAGUGCAAAUACCUCAUUCGAACUAAUAAUCUAAUCUAGUCACGCUCUAUAAACACUAAUUGCCUAUACGCCAUAUAAUUUGACCCCAUUAGCGCGACGUGAUGGACAUAUUUCGGAGGCGUUUAGUACAACCUCUUCUUCAGUGCGCCAUGCAGCGCUACGUUGGCAUGCUGUGCGCGUAGCACCCAGACCCCUCUAGGGCUUCACCUGAGUCUAGACGCUCACUUUCUCCGCACUGCCGCACGCGCAACCACAGGCGUCUCGCGCACAGCAGAGAGCGCGCGGCACGGUUGCACGCUAGUUUGGCGUUCAGAGACAGCGUUCUUUUUCUUCGUCUGGGCAUGAUCGGUAACUCUGUGCUCUAACCGGGGUGACAAAAUGAUGCACCCCUCGAUUAUUCUGCGCUCGGGUGUCUUGCCUGUGCAUUCGCGAUGAAUGGCUGCCCGUAGAGAGAAAGAGUCUGACUCCUCCAUUGAAACACUUUUCAUCAGAUUGCAAUCGAGGGGACUCUGUAGUGCUGGGCUUUACGAUAUGGCUCAGAUGCUGCAGAUGGCGAUUCCCAACUUUGGCAACAAUGUCCUGGAGUGUCUUAAUGAGCAGAGGCUUCAGGGUCUGUACUGUGAUGUGUCAGUGGUGGUGAAGGGUCACACAUUUAAAGCCCACCGGGCAGUGCUGGCUGCCAGCAGCUCCUACUUUCGAGAUUUGUUCAACUCCGGAAGUAAGAGCUCUGUAGUGGAGUUACCACCAGCGGUUCAGCCUCAGAGCUUCCAGCAGAUCCUUUCCUUCUGUUACACCGGUCGACUUAGCAUGAACUUGGGUGAUCAGUUUCUCUUAAUGUACACUGCAGGAUUCCUGCAGAUUCAGCAGAUUAUGGAAAAAGGCACUGAGUUCUUCCUAAAGGUCAGCUCACCAAGUUGUGACUCACAGGGUCUUCACACAGAAGAAACGCCACCCUCAGAACCCCAGAGCCCCGUUACUCAAACUGGGAGCGGCUCCGUAGGAGGGGGUGCUGUCACCACGGCAGCGGCUCGACCUACUUCCUGUCUCACACCUCUUCCAUUGGUGUCAAGGGUGAAGACAGAGCAGCAACCUCAGGCCCAGCAGCCCCAACAAGAAGCAUCAUCAUAUUCAGUUGUUUGCACUCCAGUUGCAAAGCGUCUUUGGGAAGGAGGUAGUCGUGAAGGAGGUGGAGGAUCAGGAGGAGGUGGAGGAGGAGGUAUGAGGAAAGCUGCCCGUUAUUCGCAGGAGGCAGCACGGGGCGUGGGUGGGGCACCACCUCAAAGUGCAGCUUUAUUGGGUGGAAGUGGUACCACCAAUAGCAACAGCAACAACAAUAACAACACCACCAGUAGCACACCGGAAGGCACCAGCCCAGGCACCCCCAGCAUGUACACCAGUGACUCACCAAUCUCUUACCACGAUGAUGAUGAAGAAGAGGAAAUCACAGAUGAAACGACAGAAGAACAGUACAGACAGAUCUGUAAUAUGUACACUAUGUACAGCAUGCUGAAUGUAGGGGCAACAGCCAGUGAACGAGUGGAAUCACUACCCGAUCACCUCACAGUUGAAUCAAGGGGAAGAGGAGUUCGAGUGAGGCAAGAUCUGGCCUCUCUUCCCACUGAGCUCAUUGCACAGAUCGGAAACCGCUGUCAUCCUAAACUCUAUGAAGAAGGUGACCCUGCUGAGAAACUGGAGCUAGUAACAGGCACCAGUGUUUUUAUUUCACGUGCUCAGCUGAUGAACUGCCACGUUAGUGCCGGGACACGCCACAAAGUGUUGCUCAGGCGGCUCCUUGCUGCCUUUUUUGACCGAAGCACUCUUGCAAAUAGCUGUGGAACAGGGAUCCGGUCCUCCACAAAUGACCCCAACCGCAAGCCACUUGACAGUCGGGUUCUUCAUGCUGUUAAGUUUUACUGCCAGAACUUUGCUCCUAGUUUCAAAGAGAGCGAAAUGAACGCGAUCGCUGCAGACAUGUGCACUAACGCACGGCGCGUGGUACGCAAGAGCUGGAUUCCGAAACUGAAGCUUCUGAUGGCAGAAAGCGACGCUUAUGCCAACUUCCUUCCGGACCCUGCCAAAAUGGAGUCUGACGGCUUGGGAGUGGAGCAUGCUUUUGAAACCGGAUCACUGGAAGGUGGAACAGCCUCUGAUUCUGGCCAGUCAUCUACAGAUGCCCUGCAAGGUGUGAGCGGGGAUGGUAGCAGCCUGUUUUAGUGAGUAACACUACCAUGGUUCAGCUAUUUUAUCCCUUCCACUCCUCCAUCGUAUCUCAGUAUCACCUUGAUGUCAACGGGGCGUCGAGAAGUGUAUCUUUAUGAGGACUGUUGUUGAAUCCCACUUCAAAAUCUGCUCAUUUUUAUUUCCCUGUAGUGUAGAUUUUUUUUUUUUUUUUUUGAUUGUACCUUGUGGGCCCUCCUCUCCAUCUUGCAGAAACACAUUCCCGAAGAGGAGGGACCUCCGGGAACAUUUGGGGUGAUCUGAAGGGGAAAUGGUGUCUGGAAGCUCCUGUCCAGUCUGAGAACACUGGCAUGAUUCUGAAUGUAUCUUUUUGGAGAAUCCAGAAAGUUAAUGUUGCUGGACAUAAGAUUGUAUUCAUCUGUUAAUAUUUAGUAGCUGUAUAUCUGCUUUUUGGACCCCAUUUCCUCUUCCUGCACCAACACCCUGAGGCACCUUUUUCUUUUAAAUGUUUUUAAUUGAACAUUUGUAAAAAAUUUUGCCAAUUCUUCCACUAUUUGUCUUGCCAAGUCUCCCAAGAGAAGCAGUUUGUCAUGAUUUGUGAUAUGAAUUUGUAAGAGAGUCAGAUGAAUCUGUUUUGCUAAAUCUGAAACUACUGUCGUGUUUUGAUUGUUGAUAGAGAUUCUCACCUUUUGAAUCAAUGAAUAGAGAAUUUUUGUCCACAUCUUUUUGCAUUAGCGAAAUCCAAAAUCUAUUUUAAUCAUUUUAUUUUGGUAUAUUACCAAGGCUUAAUAUUGUCACUUUAGUUAAAUCAAAUCGACAAGUUUUUACUGUCAAAUAUCUGCAAAGAAAAUCCCAAAACACUUCCACAAGCUUAAUCAUUAAGGUCUUUUACAUUUCCCUUUAUAACCUUAGUAGUUCUGUAUAGAUGUCACAUGACUGGUGUCUGUGUGAUGUGUAAAUGAGUGUGUAUGGCGGCUGCAGAUGCUAGCUUUGGAUGUGCUGUAGCUCACAGCUGAGUGCUUCAUGCACCUAUCACACAAGUGUGGUGCAUGCUGCCGCAUGGCGCAUUCUGACACGCUACGCCUCAGCGCCUCUGACAGAGAUGCACUAAACGCUCUGAUGAAGUGGGCCGAGUGCAGUAUUAGUGAUACUGAACUGGCAUCAGUGCCACAGCUAUAGUGGUUCCAAACCACUAAAGACCACUCUGAGAGUGGAAGCUCUUUUGUAGUCUUCUUUUUAUGUGGAUUUGAAAAGUCAGUUUUUCAGUGUCUAUCUUGAUGGUUUCAGAAAGAGAAGUUCUUUAAGUCUGUAAUCACAAUAAAGAGCUGUUGCAACCCCAAGUUUGGAGAUGAAAGAAAGUGACCAUGUAAUUUAAAAGUGUAGUUGCACCAGUAUGUGUUAAAAUUAGAUUCCAAAAGUAUGACCUGCAUCUUCAGGUGUUUUAAGCACACUUUUAUCCUGUAAUGAUUGACUGUAUUGUUUGAUUAUGGCUGAAGAAAGGCUAUGAUUUGGUCAAGAUCAUCCCAGUCCAAAAGCAUGACAAAAAGUUCUAACCUAAAAACUAAAUUAUUAGCACAUAGCCCUGUCAUUUCCGUGUUUUUAAUGUUUACAUUUAUUUUUACAUUUUU